AUGGAAGUCUACCCCGAAAACACAAUCGCAGUUGUUGGAAUGGCCUGCCGCUUUCCAGGAGCCAACUCGGUGGAUGAAUUUUGGGAUAUCUUGAAAACUGGCAAGUCACUCGAUCAGGUCUUGCCAGACGAAAGAAUUCCCCUGGCAGGUCACUGGCGAAAUCCUGCUGGUAUGACGCUCAGAGGCAAUUUCAUAGACAAUGUUGAUGCCUUCGAUCAUAAAUUCUUCAAGAUCACCAGCCGCGAAGCCGCUUCAAUGGAUCCUCAGCAGCGGCUACUGUUAGAGGUUGCCUACCAAGCGCUGGAGUCGUCUGGGUAUUUUGGCCACUCGGACUGGGACCCGCACGUUGGCUGCUAUAUUGGGGGCUUUUCGUCUGAUUAUAACGACAACAUCGCGAGCCAAUCAGUCAAUGCCUACUCUGCACUGGGAUCCUUGAAGGGGUUUCAGAGUGGUAGAGUCAGCCAUUACUUUCAAUGGACUGGCCCCUCUAUCAUGUAUGACACGGUUUGCUCAUCCUCUGGCGUAGCCAUUGAUGCGGCGUGCAAGGCCAUUAUAGCAGGGGACUGCUCUAGCGCCAUUGCCGGCGGCGUCUCUGUCUUCACCAGUCCGUUCUUAUUUCAGAACUUGGCGGGUGCGUCAUUCUUAAGUCCUGAUGGCAAGAUCAAGCCUUUCGAUAUCAAGGCCGAUGGCUACUCACGUGGUGAGGGGGUGGGGAUUGUUGUGUUGAAGCCUCUUUCCGCUGCCAUCCGGGCGGGAGAUCCAAUGCUUGGGAUUAUUCGUUCUUCGAUAGUACGCCAAAGCAGGUCUCCCCAUAUUACCGUCCCCCACUCCGAAUCGCAAGCCAUCCUGUACCGCCAGGUAUUAGAUCGUGCUCAAAUAAAUCCUGACAGAGUGACCUAUAUCGAGGCGCAUGGAACGGGGACACGCAUCGGGGACACCCCCGAAUAUGAAGGGAUCAAAGACGUCUUUGGUGGCAAAGCCCGCCAAGAUAUGCUGUACUUUUCAUCUCUGAAAGGCAACAUCGGUCAUGCGGAAGGGGCAUCUGGUGUUGCAUCUUUGAUCAAAACACUUCUAAUGAUCCAACAUUCCGAAAUUCCACCACAGGCUAAUUUCGACACCCUGAAUCCCAGAAUAAACCUGAUCGGAGAGAGGAUAGCGAUUCCCUUAACCCUUCAGUCGUGGAAAUCGGAACCCCGUGUUGCAUUGGUAAACAACUUUGGUGCGGCUGGUAGCAUAGCUGCGAUGAUCGUUCAGGAGCCCCCGCCUCUAGAAACGUCAUUUUCAUCUUCUCAAUGUGUGAGGUUUCCGGUUUGUCUAGCCGCAAACACUCAACAAAGCCUUGAGAAUUAUUGUCGUCGGCUUCAGAGCUAUAUUGACAAAACUAUAACUCCUACCCCACAAUCGCUACUAGCAGACUUGUGCUUCACUAUUUCCCGCAGAGCAAAUUCGGCUUUGGCCAUCAGGAGCUCAUUCUCGGUCUCCAACAUACAAGAGCUUUCAUCCCAACUACGACUGGUUCCCUCCGUUGCCAGAACGUCCAACGGAAAACUGAGCGACAUGUCCCCCAAGCCAGUUGUUCUUAUUUUCAGUGGCCAGGCAUUUCGUCGGAUUCGUAUCCCAGUCGAUAUUUACCGGUCCUCCUCUGUGUUUGCCUCUCACCUGGAUGAGUGUAAUGAAACGCUCGUCGGUCUAGGGAUCCCAAGUGUUGCCCCUCAAAUCUUCCAAGAUCACGAGUGCAAAGAUGCAACGACUCUACAGACGAUCCAAUUUGUAACUCAGUACUCGUGCGCGCGGACAUGGAUCGAUUGUGGUCUUAAAGUGGAUUGCCUACUAGGACACUCUUUGGGGCAGCUGGUUGCCUUGGUGGUAUCGGGGUGUUUGUCUUUAGCAGAUGGACUGCGGUAUGUCUGCGGCCGUGCAUCCUUGAUCGAUAAUAAAUGGGGGAAAGAAAAGGGACUCAUGACAACUAUCAGUGGCAACGUCGAUAUAGUGCAGUCAGUAAUAUCUCGUGUGAAUGAGCUGAAACCACGUCAUCAGCUUGAGAUUGCCUGUCACAAUGGUCCAAAUAGUCACGUGCUUGUCGGAAGUGCCGAGGAAACGCAAGCGCUGGAGAAAAUACUAAACGAGGAAUUCCGACAGAUUAAUUACAAAAGACUUGAUGUGACACAUGGCUUUCACUCGAAGUUGACGGAACCAAUUUUGAAAGAUUUGCGCAUGCUCACUAUGAGUCUCACGUUCAACAAUCAAUCAAUUCCGGUUGAAAUGUGCUCGGAGACUCCAACGCAAGACAUCCCUACCGCGGCAUCUUUGGUCGAACAUACAAGGCAGCCUGUAUACUUCAGGCAUGCUGUUCAAAGAAUAGAGAACAGACUCGGAUCUUGCACUUGGAUGGAAGCGGGUGCUGGGUCGAGUGUCAUCCACAUGCUCCAAUCCGCAUCAAAUCAGAGAAAAGAGCAUGCCCAUGAUUUUCAUCCUGUCAAAUUUGAUGAGGAAUCCGAAUAUUCAUUGGCGAAUACCAUUACGAAACUAUGGAUGGAGGGUUAUGGAGUUUCCUUCUGGCCGUUUAGUCCGUCACGAACGCCAAGUUUUCGAAUACUUCAAAUUCCCCCCUACCAAUUUGACCAUCCCCGGCAUUGGAUUGAAUGGAACCAUAGAAUGAUCAGCUCCGACAAUCGCACAUCCUCACGCUGCAAAGCAAUCGAAACAGAAGCUGUCAAUAUUCUGGUCGAGUUACAAGGGCAGAUUGGAAGUACAAAAGAGACAGUAUAUCUUGUGAACACAAAAUGUCCGGAAUGGUGUUCUCUCGUGAAAGGUCACCGCGUUCAGGACAUUCCAAUAUGUCCUGCAUCACUCUACCUUAACUUGGUCAUUCGAGCAAUUGGAAGAUUUCCUAGACCACCAAAACAGAGCCUGAUUCCUCGAGUUGACAAAUUUCGGAUGCGUACGGCCAUGGGAGUAUGUCAAAGGAGACAAGUAACCCUUAAGCUGAUCAGAAAUGAGAAAUCUCUCGCAUGGGAAUUUCUAUUCCAGCAAAAUGAUGAUUUUAACAAAAAUAUCACCACGGCGGAAGGGAUAGUGACACUCGUGCCAGAGGAAGGUCUAAUAAGCGAGUUUUCACGCGCAGCGCGGCUGUUGGACGUACAUCGAAGAGUCAAACAAGCUGAACGUAAAGAUCACAACACACUCCACGGGCCACUCGUCUACAAUUUACUGUCCCGAGUUGUACAAUUGGAUCCUGUCUACCAUCGCUUGGACAAUGUUUCUUUGGAUGAAAGAACCGUGCGUGCUGAUGUCCUGCCUCAAAAGAAAGACGACGUCAUCCCACCCGGAGAAACUUUCAACACGGCCCUUGAUGCAUGUUUGCAGGCUGCGCCACUUCAUUUAAGUUCGUUUCAGGUUUUGAACAAGCCCAACCAUACCUUUGUGUGUGUUUCAAUUGAUAGUGUUCAAUUUUCCACGCCGUUUAUAUCUGGGAACGCAGACCAAACCUGGUCUCUAUUUUCUCAUCUCAGUACUAGUGAGAAAAACGAUUCACACUAUGACACCUUUGCUCUUGAUCCGAAAUCAGGAGUAGUGGCUCUUAUCAUAAACGAAGUGCGCCUUUCCAGGGUGCCUUCCAGUUUGAUAUCAUCGAACGCAUCUCUCAAUUCCAGCCAGACAAAAAACCCCCAGACUCAACAAGUCGUGUCCAGGUUAGACUGUAAGAAUUCCCAGAACCAGACGGGGGAGAAUUUUGAGGCGAGCCAAUCACGCUUGCUGCAGUCGAAUGAUGUUUUAGACCAUGAGCUACGAGAGCUCUUGAGCUCAGUGACAGAUGUUCCCGCCAAGUCCAUUAUGGACUCAACACAGCUUUUGGAGUUGGGGGUCGAUUCUUUGGGAUUGUCCGAAAUUUGCGCCAGCGUUCAGGAAGCUUUUUCCACGCCGAUCGGCCUUGUGGAGGUACAAUCCAUCAGAUCGUUUGGAGAUUUAUCUGAUCUUUUGAAGUCAAGAAGUAUCAUUCACCAGAAUAAAUUUCAGACUCGAAAGUACCACGCUGAACCGCAAUAUGAGAUUGAAAGUGAGGCAACAAGCUUUCCGGAGACCCCGAAGAUGGACAGUCUUGUCCAAGUGAAGCAACUACUCAAACAGUAUAUCGAUGUCCCUUCUGUUCUUGAUCCCUCAAGCCAACUCAAGAAUCUCGGUCUAGACUCCUUGCUCUGCAUAGAACUAUUCCACGACAUCUAUGGGCCCAGCAUGGCUUUCGAAGCCGAGGAAAUAACGCCUCAAACCACACUUCACGAAUUGUGUGAGCUCGUAUUUGGGAGAACGCAGCGUGCUCAGCAAGCACAAGGACGAGAGAAUGAAAAAAUCAAAUCAAAUGACAAAUUCGAAUCAAAUGACAAAUACUUAAGCAACACGGUACCUGCCAAAGAUCACACAGUCCGUUGGAAGACUCCACCACAGGAACUGUUAGAUCAGAGCCAACGCCUUUUCCAAACAUUCACAGCUGAGACUGGCUGUCAUGGGUUUUGGCACGAAGUUUAUCCUGCUCAAGCUCGAUUACUUCAGGCUUACGUACUCGAGGCAUUUGAGAGAAUGAGUGCAGAUGUUCGCUCCCUCACGACUGGAGAACGAUUGCCAGAUAUCUCCGUUAUAUCUAAAUACGGUAGAUUGAAACAAGUCUUGUUAGACAUUCUGAGGGAAGGGGAGCUGAUUGACUACGAUGGUGCACGCUACAUUCGCUCUGAUAGAAUAAUCGACAUCCCGACGUCAGGCGAACUCGCUAUGCAACUAGCUCAGCAACAUCCCAAAUUUGCCCUGGAAAUCAAGCUUCUGCAGGUGACUGGUCCUCGCCUAUCUUCCUUUUUGUUGGGGCAAGAAGAGCCGCUUCAAUACCUUUUCGGUAACGCAAAGACAAAAACCCUGCUGGAAGAAGUUUACACGAGCAGUCCUUUGUUCUUGGUCAUGAGCAAAAUAUUGGCAUACUAUAUUGAACGCGCGGGCUCAGCUUUUGAGGCUGGUCGUCCAAUUCGAAUUCUAGAAAUAGGGGCAGGGACCGGCGGGACGACGAGUCACAUCAUCAAGAGUCUAAGUCAGAAGGACGUACCGUUUCAUUACAGUUUCACGGAUUUGUCGCCUUCAUUGGUGAGUUUAGGCCGGCGCAAGUUCGCAGAGUACUCAAGUUGCAUGGAGUUUUCCGUCUUUGAUGUCGAACGACCACCUUCGCCUGAAAUGACUAGCUCGUUUGAUAUCGUCAUCUCCACACUUUGCAUCCACGCCACAAGAGAUCUUACCAGGUCUCUCACCCAUAUCAACCAAGUUCUUCAGCCUCAUGGAUUUGUUGCUCUCGCAGAAUUCACCAAACGAAUACCCUGGCUUGAUUGCGUUUUCGGGCUGCUAGAUGGCUGGUGGCUCUUUGAAGACGGCCGGCGUCAUGCGUUGGCCCCUGCUCCAUUGUGGCAGAAAUCCAUGCUAGCAGCGGGAUUCCGGCAGGCUAUAGCAACUGGUGACCGCAGCCUUGAAUCGCAAACUAGCAGAAUUGUUCUAGGAUUCAAGUCUGAGCAUGUAUUGAGAACCGCACCUAGGUUUUCACCGAAGCUCACUGAUCUUGACAACGAGACGAUUUGUUUCGAUCGGGCAAGCAUACAUCUUCGGGCUGAUAUAUAUUAUCCAUCGGAUAUCUCAGUAAUCCCCUCAAGGAGAUGGCCAGUGGCUUUGGUUAUUCAUGGUGGAGGGCAUGUUAUGUUGUCGCGGAAAGACGUUCCUGCUAGGCAGAUUGUUUGGUUACUGGAACAUGGUAUUCUUCCCAUCAGCAUCGAUUAUACGCUAUGCCCAGAAUUGCCUAUCGUUGACGGUGCUCUCUCAGACGUCUGCAAAGCGUUCGUAUGGGCACGAAAAGAGCUAGCGACCUUGAGCUUGAAACACUGCAACAUCCAGAUUGAUGCUGAACGAAUUGGAAUUGUGGGUUGGUCAUCCGGUGGCGCUCUUGCUCUCACUCUAGGCUGGACUGCUAGGGCAAUAGGUGUGAGACCACCUGACGCAGUUUUGGCCUUCUACUGUCCAUGCGAUUAUGAAGAUGAGUUUUGGAAAAGCCCCCAAGCCGCUGCAAUCCUGGCCAAUGAAACGGAAAUGCAUUCGAAAUACAGGUUGCUAAAUGCGGUUGAAGAAAACCCGAUCACAUCUUAUGUUGCAAAAUCUAGGGAGAAUUCUCCAUUGGCCUGGAUACAUCCAUCUAAUCCGCGAGCCUGGAUCUAUUGGCACAUGGUCCGGAACGGGCAGACACUGCCAAUUCUUUGGAAAGGAUUGCCGACUUCGUCAUCAACAUCAUUGGACAAGAUAGAGAGUUUGGAGAAUAUGGAACAGCCUCGUUCCGAGGACGUGCGGAAGUUCAGCCCUUAUGCGCACAUGAAAGAUGGUCAGUACACGGUACCAACUUUUUUUGUGCAUGGAACCUCGGAUAGAUUUAUUCCGUGGCAGCAGUCUAAAAGGGCGUAUGAUCUGUUGUGUGAACAAGGAGUCCCAACAGGGAUCUCGCUACCAGAGGGUGCAGCACACUUAUUUGACUUGGAAUAUGAUCCCACAGGAGCCAAAUGGCGUGCGUGCGAGGAAGCGUAUCUAUUCCUGCAAGAGCACCUUCAACAGUGA